UAUGUAAAUAGGAAAUGUAUCCAAAUUUACCUCUGGGAGAAAGCCAGUCUGAGAGACAGGAUAAUGUGGCAGGCAGCCUCAGGUGCAGCUGGGAGGGGAGGAGGCAGGGCGAUGAGCGAGAAGCUGAGCGAGAAAGAGGCAGGGUUUGUGUUUGUGUGACUGUGUGUGUGCAGAGAGAGAGACUUGAGUGUGCAAGCUAGAGAGAUUGUGUGGUGAGGGAGGGAGGGAAGUGUAAGCCAGUCACAGCAUCUCUCCUCACUGCACCAGGGCUGAGGGACUCUUCGUCCCCUCGCUUCCCUCGCUGCAGAUUUAACUCAUUUCCAUCAGCGCAGUCAUCUUUUUUUUCCCCUUGCAUUUUACUUGCUGUUUUGGACAGAUGCAUUGCAUUCAUCUCUUUCUGUAUGCCAGGAUCUAAGGAUUUAUUUAUUAAAAACGUGGGCUGUCCUCUUUAUCGGAUGUAAAAGGGGAGAUUUGCAAAGGACAGUGCUUCAAACUGGGACUCCGAAUGGGACUUGGUCUUUUCUUUACGCUGCUAGAGUGGAUUCCCCUUUUGUUGCGCUGCCGGUGUUCUGUUAAGGGUGACAGACAUACUAAGACAGGAGUUAAAGGCGAGGCUAUAAGACCCCAUACCUCUACAACUAAAUAGAACGCUUACUUGAAAGGACUAAGGAAGUUAGAAAAUCUAUGGUUGCAUUAAGCACUUGAGAAGAAGGUACUAAGCCCUGCCAAGCACUGACGGGGCUUCAGAAUGUCACAUCGAAAAUUCAAGUAACAAGUUUAUGGGAUAAAUAAGUGGAUUGCCGAUUGAUCCCCAAACCCCUCUCUGCAAGUGUGCCACGGGAUUGCUGAGGAGUGAAAUUGAGUGGAGCGCUGAGUUAUUCAGCUGGCCUCUCAUUGCUUCUGGAGAGUCCUUUUAACAUGCCUGCAUGGAAAUCUGACAUUCAACGCUUUCAUCCACAAUUGGACUUUUAUGUUUGCUUGUCUUCUGCAACUUGCAGUCCAGAACUCUGAGAGGCAAGAUUGCACAUUUGGAUUUUAACUUUAGAUUACUUUGUUGGCAGAGCUCAUCCAAAUGAUUUUGAUGCACAUGGUUUUUACCUCAUUCUCUCUAGGGAUGCCUUGUAAACACAUUUUCCCCCACCGCCAUGUGUGCUGAGAGAGCUGUGACAUUAUCUCCUGCGGAGAUCCCCCUGUUGUUCUAGCCUGUGUCUGUGUUUUGAUUCAGACAAUAGCUGGGCAUACAGGGGCUCCAGACACUGACCAGAGGACCACCAAAAUAAGGGAAGCCUGCCUUUACACAGUAAACACACUAGCACCCAUGGCACAGUGAAACUUUGGAUUGUAUUAAAUGGCUGAUUCACAGAGAUGGAUGAAAUUAUUCAUCAGGAGAAACUGAGAAGUUUUUUAAAGGAAAAAUUUAUUCAACACAAUGGCUGCCUAAAAUGAAUUUUGGAGAAGUAACCACGCUCAGUGCAUUUAAUCUCUUCUGUAGGUGUGAAAUAGGAGACUUUUUGCUGCUUUCUUAGUCAUUCUCCUCUGAGGAGCUUUAAAGUGAAGGGAACAUUGUAUUUUGCUUCAUGCUUUAACCCCAUGUGGUUUCCUCCCUCACAUCUUCUGUGCUCUCUGCCCUUGUGAGGACAGCUUAUGCCCUCAGCCUCCUGGUGGCAACUCUCAUUAGAAUCAGGCAAAGAGGCUACAGACUGGGAGGCAAAGCAGCAGGGAAGCUCUGCUUUGGGACAGAUGCUGGUCACAGCAUUAAUGCUACCCUGCUUCAGAUUCACUGAAGGAAUACAGCUUUUUUUUUCUCUGCUCCUGACUGUUACCCACCCACUACUUUCGCUAACCAUGCGAGAUUGGAAAGGAGAGCUAAACGGGCUGUCCUACCCUCCCAGAGGCGCUAUUGAUUUUCCUCCAGUCAGUGCUCAUUUGAUUGAGACCCAGCUAUGUGAGAGUAAGGUGAACGAGAGCAUGAGUGCGCUAGAGAGAGUAUUGAGCUUUGUGAACUGAGGGAGGCUGCAGACGCCUGGUGAAGAACGGGAGGGAGACAGGCAGUUCUCCGGUUUCAGGCCAGCUGCCUAAUGGGUGGCACACCACAAACCUGACCCACCUGGAUAGCACCCAGAACAAUGAACCAGUCUGAACUGACAACGGACACGUUGCUCACUGCCAACAGCAGCCAUGGAGACUUCUUUUCUAGAAGGGCCUCCAACCACUCCUGUCCCUUGGGCUGGGGGCUGAACGAAGGCGUAGAGGCUUGUGUUCUGGAGACUGCUGUCAUUGUACUUCUCACAGUGCUCAUUAUUGCCGGGAACCUGACGGUGAUCUUUGUGUUCCACUGUGCCCCUCUGCUACACCACUACACCACAAGCUACUUCAUCCAGACCAUGGCCUACGCUGACCUGCUGGUGGGCCUUAGUUGCCUUGUGCCCACCCUGUCUUUGCUCCACUAUCCAGCAGGUGUCCAGGAGCCAAUCACAUGCCAGGUUUUCAGCUACGUCAUUUCUGUUUUGAAGAGCGUUUCAAUGGCCUGCUUGGCCUGUAUCAGUGUGGACCGCUACCUGGCUAUAACUAAACCACUAUCCUACAACCAGCUGGUGACACCAUGUCGGCUACGAGGCUGCAUCACCCUCAUCUGGGUCUACUCUAGCCUGGUUUUCUUACCCUCCUUCUUUGGAUGGGGUAAACCAGGAUAUCAUGGGGAUAUUUUUGAGUGGUGUGCUCACUCUUGGCCCACCUCUGCCCUCUUUACAGGUUUUGUGGUGUGUUUGCUAUAUGCACCUGCUGCCCUUGUGGUCUGUUUUACCUAUUACCACAUCUUUCGCAUUUGCCAGCAACACAACAGGGAGAUCAGUGAACGGCGGGCACGUUUCCCCAGCCAGGAGAUGGAGACUGGUGAGGGGAAUGGUGGUGGGCAUCAAGGAGGGCAUGGACCAGAUCGACGCUAUGCGAUGGUGCUCUUCCGCAUCACUAGUGUUUUCUAUAUGCUUUGGCUGCCCUACAUAAUCUACUUUCUGCUCGAAAGCUCCCAUGUGCUGGAUAGUCCUGCCCUCUCCUUCAUCACCACCUGGCUGGCCAUCAGCAAUAGUUUCUGCAACUGUGUCAUCUACAGCCUGUCUAACAGUGUGUUUCGCCUGGGCAUGCGCAGGCUCUCCCAGACUAUUUGUUCUUUCAGCCAUUGUGCUGCAGAUGACCGGGACUUUGGGGAGCCUAAACCAAGAAAAAGAGCAAACUCCUGUUCCAUCUGAAGGAAGGACUUUUACAGGCUCUACUAAUUCUGCAAACAGUAAACUUGAAAAGUUGCUGCCCUCAAACUACAGGCCGAAAUCCUCUGAACUUCUAGAAGCUGUUUCCUGAGCUGUUCUCAUGACAUUUGAGCCAAGCAAGAGAUAACUGUGCUGGGGAGGACAAAGUAUGUUUUUUAAAAAGAGAUUUUAGUGGGUUGUUUGUGGGGUUUUUAUUUGAGAUAGGUAAUUAUUUUUUUUUCUGUUCAAGUAUUAUAGUUCUUGUGUUGUUUUAUUGUGCCCUCCCAGCUUGGCGACUGUUCCCUAAUCUUGGGCAUUUGCUAUGUAAGUGGAAAUGAUGUGUGUUGUUAAAGCAAUCUACAGACUGCCGAUUCUCACUCUUUGCUACAGCACAGUUAUUCCAGUCAAUUUACCUUUGACGGUGUACAUUUCCACAAUCAUUAGAUCGGUGUCAAAGGAUAAUUCAUUUCACAUUAACGCAGCCACAGUCUGUAACCAGUGACUUAUACUGAUUUCCCUCUUUACUCAUGUAGUGGUGUUGAUCAUUUGUGGUUUAGGCCCUGCUUGUCAUGUAAAUGUAUAUUUGUCCAUGCAAGAAACCCAGUGACACAGCAAACCCAGUCCCUUGAUAUUGUAACUGUUGUUCCAUUCAAUGCUGCUUAACAGUACCCUGUGUAAGUUAUUCCUCAUUUUAAAGCUGCAUUAAGUGAUUUUUGACCUCUAGAACAGGAAGACUCUGAGGUUUUGCUCAUUAUAUUCUUGUUAAAUGUUGGCAAGCAAUUUGCUAUAUACAUUUCCAGCAGAACCAGAAUGACAUGAGCAUUGUAGUGGAGUCUUUCUGGCCACCUCAUGAAUGUAAUAUUGUUUUUAAGCCACAAUUUGGUAAACAAACAUUGCCAAAAAAAGAAAAAAAAAAAACAGAUCUCCUUUGGUUUAUCUACAUGCUCUUCUUUACCAACCACUUGAUUCACCAGCUCUCUGUAGUUUUGCAUGAGGCAGGCAGCCUAUAGUCAAUUUGAAAUAUUAAUGUGCUGGGAGUGGCUGUCCAUUGUUCAUACUGUAGGAGCCAGUGUUGUUUUUGUUAUUGCAAGUUAAUGACACAAAAGUGAAAGUUACAACAGCAGCAGAGGAAAGCUGCAGAAAUAUGUUUUUAUUCUAAGUGGGACCAUCAGCAUUGAUCACCUUGAAACAUAAUCAAGAGUUUGUUGAUUCAGUGUUUGUAUGAGAAAUAUUGCUUUUUGCAGCUUUAAUGCAGUACAGAUUGUUCUGUAUAUGUGCCUAAAGAUGUAUUUUGUAAGAAAAGUGAAAAAAAAGAUAUUGAGACGUACGUACCAUUACAUAGACAUGCUGCACUUUCUAAAACAUUUUCCAACAUUUUUAAACAUUCCCUGUGACACUGUGCACAUCCACGUGUACCGUGUCAGUGGAUUUAGUUUUCCAUGACUUUGUGAUAAGGUCAGAGGGAUUUCCACUUGAGCCAAAAAUGGGUCAAGUCAUUCAUUUAUCACAGUCGAUCUGACUUCUGCCUUCAAGUGGGUAAUAGUUCUACUAUCUGACGUCAGUAGAAUAACAGGAGACAGCAGAUUUGUCUAAGUCUUGUGAAUUCCCUUCUUUAGCCAUAUGACUUGGCAUAUAUGAAGAAUAACAGUAGGGAACCACAGCAUAGCCGUGUGUCAAAUACUAGACCUACAAUAGCAUAUAUAUUUUUUCAUUUUGAUAGCCUGUCUUUUUGUACUCCCUUGGAGCAUAGUGCAGUGGGUUAGUAGAUAAAAAAUUAUAGCAUCUGAAUUAGCGCUGUAUAAUCUUAACAAUGUGGUGACAAAUGACUACAUAUAAGACAGGACAAAUCCAAAUUCUGUAAUAGCGUAAAAAGUUGAAAUACUCCAUUAUAGUGAAGAUAAUAGUUUUUGGUCUGAAUUUGCACAAUAUUCAUUCUUUGGGUAGGUUGUUUUUAAAAUAUAUACAACAGGUGAUGUGAAAUGUGUGUCUUGGCACAGGAUUCCAAAAAUCCAAGAGUCACUGAAUGAAUAUUAAAAAAACAAAAAAAGAGAAUUGUUUAUAUGUGUCUCUAGUACACUGACCAAACUGAAGUGGUAGAAAAUCAAAGCUUGUCAUCUUACUUUCAAGUGCAUUAAUAGGCUCUUUUAGAAAAAAAAUAGUUUAAUUGCAGGAUAAAAUGUAUUAUUAAGUUAUGUUUAAAACUUUACACAAUAUACUGUAUGUGAGUAUACUGUAUAUAAUGUGUGUGUUUCUGUUUUUAAUCUGCUGUACAGCCAAAAAAAAAGAAAAAACAACAUCUAAUGAAUUCUGACAGAUAUUGUGCACUCAUUUGUGUUAAAUCAACUAGGCUGCUGAUGUUUUGAAUAGGAAGCGAGUGUGUUAAAUUACACAGUAUCUAUUUUUUUAUUUUGAAAUUUUGUCAAAGGCUAUGGUUUUGCUGUUGCUGCCAACCUAAUAAAGGUGAAAAUAGUAGACAUUUAAA